GGUUCGGCCGGUCCGGAAUCGGCCUGACAUCUUUGCCGCCCUAAUCCAGCUUCCAUCAGCUUCGCCCACGAGGAAGAGAGAGUAGCCUCGCAACCACGCUAUGGCGAAGUCGGCGGAGGAACAGCUCUGCGAGGCGGCUGUUGAAGGCGACUGCGCCAAGAUCGGCGACCUCCUCUCUGCCGGUGCCGACCCCACCUACUUCGACGCAAGCGGGAUGACGCCCCUCAUGUACGCCGCGCGCCACGGCCACGCCGACUCCGCUCGACUCCUCCUUUCCGCCGGUGCACCGUGGAAUGCCCUCUCGCCAUCAAACAUUUCCGCCGGUGACCUUGCCAUGGAGCACGCCCAUCAGGAGGCCUUCGACGUUCUCCUCAACGCCGGCAUCCAGGCUGAGCUCGUUCUCGGGACCAUCGCCCGCGUGGCGGAGCGCAACGGCGAGAAGGAAGGCGGCGGCUUGAACUACCUGGAGGACAGGGUGUCCUUCAGCGAGGACAAGCUGAUGGACUCGGAGAGCAAGGCGGUGAUGAUGGAGUGGGAAAGACCACUGAUGGAGGCACACGCGAGGGCCGUAUGCGGUGGCGGUGGGAAGGUGCUCAACGUGGGGUUUGGGAUGGGGCUUGUGGACGAGGCGAUUCAGAGGUACGGGCCGGUCGAGCACACGAUUGUGGAGGCGCAUCCGGAAGUGUAUGAGCGGAUGCUGCGUUCAGGCUGGGGGAAGAAGGAGAAUGUGAAGAUUGUUUUUGGACGGUGGCAGGAUGUUCUUCCGCAGCUUGAGUCUUAUGAUGGAGUAUUUUUUGACACUUACGGAGAAUAUUAUGAGGACUUGAGGCAAUUUCACCAACAUCUUCCUAGACUACUGAAGCCCGGAGGUGUAUACUCAUACUUCAAUGGGCUGUGCGGCGAUAAUGCAUUUUUCCAUGUAGUUUACUGUCAGUUAGUUGCAUUAGAACUUGGAAAUUUAGGUUAUUCUACUCAAUUUAUUCCCUUGCCUGUAAAAGAUUGCUUGACAGAGGAGGUAUGGGAAGGUGUGAAACGGAAAUACUGGCAGCUCGACACAUAUUACCUUCCUGUUUGUCAGCCAUUAAGUGAUUCAGAAUGAUCUUUUAGUGCCAAACUCGAGGUUGCUCUCAAAGCUGGAUUCAUCCUCAAUGUUGUGCUUCUUUAUGCAAGCAACAUAGUUUUUUCAGGUGUUACGCUUCCAUGUUCACCAUCUGGUAUUGUGGGCUUGAAGCCUGAGAGGAUGCUUCAAUUUGAUGAUUACAGUGUCUAAUGAACAAUAGCUACAUGGUUGAUGUGGGCUUAAGCUUCAACUAUAUUAAAUCAACGUCGUGCAUCCUAUGUCCUUCACAGGCUUGUUUU